GAACUGGAGCCCAUAGUGUGUGUGUGUGUGUGUGUGUGUGUGUGUGUGUGUGUGUGUGCACAUGUGCCUUGGGCAUGCAAGGGCCAGGGUCACACAUGUGUGUGCAUUCAUGCAUUGGGGGCCAAGGGCCAGGGUCACGUGUGUGUAUGUGUGCAUGCAUUGAGGGGCCAAGGGCCAGGGUCACACACGUGUGUGUGUGUGUGUGUGUGUGCAUCUACCUUCAGGUGCAGGGUUCCCAGCUCUGGCUAUUCCACCGAUGGCGUUAGGAUGAGCCAGGCUGGCUUGUUGCACUCUCAGCUGAUUUGAAGCCCUUUUUAAGACAUCAGGAUUUUGAUGGUGGUUUAACAGGUCAACGGGCAGCCCUUGCCCUCCUGUUGCAGUCUGCACACGUGUAUAUACGCGUGUGUACAUGCAUGCAUUUAUGCAUGACGUGUCUUCUGGAGAGAAUUGCAAUGGCUUGUCUGCGGGUCAUAUAGCUGCAUGUGGUGGCUCCUCUGAGGCUGAAGGAGAAGGGCUUUGUGACUGUUGGAGCGGCUGAGUGGUGUCCCCGUCCUCCCCCAGGGCAGUGCAGCCCUCCUGGCCAUGAGCACUGCAGACUAGCCGGUUGCAGUGAGAUGCGGGGUGCAGUAAAGGUAGCGAUGGAGGUUGCAGCGGCUCCAGCAUCCUGGAGAGACAGGAAUCUGUGUCUUUCUCUCUUUAGGGAGCUCCCCACUUGCCUCCCCUUUUGGUUGUCUCUGCCCCUUCCUAACAGCGCGGUCCCCCUUCCUGUUAAGGGCCAGGCUCGCAGGGAGGUGGGUGGGGUGGGGUGCCAGGCCCUGCAGCCUUGUCUAAGGGGAACCAGUGCCUGACCACAGCCCACGCUUGGCUGCAGAUGGACAAGAGGAGUCUGGAGGUGGGUGGUCAUGGGGCUUGUUACACGCACUCGUAGCAGGGACACCCGCAUUGUGUGUGCGUGGCCCACAACCAGGAGGGUGGGUAACGUGCUGGCAGGCAGGAUCCUGGGGUUCAGCAGCUCUGGUGUCUGUGUUGGAUGACACGUGCACACACCCACAUGCAAACACACACGUGCACAUGUUAAACCCCCUCCAUUUAGGCUGCCAAGUCACGCAGUCCAAUGUCAGGAAAUGCUGGACCUCAGGACCUUGCUUGUGCCCCUCUUGCACACGCGUGAUGAUACAGCUUUAGUUACAUGCUACUGCCUUGCAGCCCCUGCCCAGAAUGCCCUGCGCCUGCUCCGUGUGAAGCUGUCCCACAUUUGCUUGGCCUUCGCUGUUCAACCUGUGGUUUAGACUCGUUUCCUUGUUGGCUUUCCUGUGGUGCUAAUUGCUAUAGCAGCCGAGACCUUCACAAGCAGGCGGUAGUGACUGGCAGGAGGGCACCGGAGGGGAUUCUCCCCAUUUCACACGUGAGGAACUGAGGCAUGAAAACAAAGGAUGGGCUGCGUCCAGUCCAAGGAAGUGGGCACGCCGAUGAAGAUCCUGAAAGGCGACUCGGGCCCCAGCCUCCAGCAGCCCCAUUACGUGAAGGACCCCACGUCCCCCAACAAGAGGAGCAAUGUUUCCAGCGUGGCUCCACCCCAGCCGGCCGAGGGCUCGGACGACUGCACGGUCCUGGCUCUCUACGACUAUGAAGCGACGCACGACGCGGACCUGAGCUUCCAGAAGGGCGAGCGCAUGAAGGUCCUGGAGGAGGCAGGAGAGUGGUGGAAGGCCAAGUCGCUCGCCACGGGACACGAAGGCUACAUCCCUAGUAACUACGUGGCUCGGGUGAACUCCCUGGAGACCGAGGCGUGGUUCUUCAAAGGCGUCAGCCGGAAGGACGCGGAGCGGCAGCUCCUGGCCCCUGGGAACAUGAUCGGCUCCUUCAUGAUACGGGACAGCGAGACCACCAAAGGCUGCUACUCCCUGUCUGUGAGGGACUUCGACACGCAGAACGGGGACACGGUGAAGCAUUACAAGAUCCGGACGCUGGACAACGGCGGCUUCUACAUCUCCCCGCGCAACAGCUUCUCCACGCUGAUAGAGCUGGUCGACCACUAUAAGAACCAGAGCGAUGGGCUGUGCCAGAAACUCACGUUCCCCUGCACGGCGCCGAAGCCCCAGAAGCCUUGGGAGAAGGACGCCUGGGAAAUCCCCCGCGAGUCCCUGAAGCUGGAGAAGAAGCUGGGAGCUGGGCAGUUCGGAGAAGUGUGGAUGGCCACCUACAACAAGCACACCAAGGUGGCGGUGAAGACCAUGAAGCCGGGCAGCAUGUCCGUGGAAGCGUUCCUGGCGGAGGCCAACCUCAUGAAGUCGCUGCAGCACGACAAGCUGGUGAAGCUGCAUGCGGUGGUGACCAAGGAGGAGCCCAUCUAUAUCAUCACCGAGUUCAUGGAGAAAGGCAGCUUGCUGGACUUCCUGAAGAGCGACGAAGGGAACAAGCAGCCUCUCCCAAAGCUGAUCGACUUCUCCGCCCAGAUCGCGGAUGGAAUGGCUUUCAUCGAGAAGAGAAACUACAUCCACAGGGACCUGAGGGCUGCCAAUAUCCUGGUGUCAGCAACGCUGGUGUGCAAGAUCGCAGACUUCGGCCUGGCCAGAGUCAUCGAGGAUGAGUACUUGGCGCGGGAAGGUGCCAAGUUUCCCAUCAAAUGGACGGCGCCAGAAGCCAUCAACUACGGGUCUUUCACGAUAAAAUCAGACGUCUGGUCCUUUGGGAUCCUCCUGAUGGAGAUAAUCACCUACGGACGCAUCCCAUACCCAGGGAUGUACAACCCAGACGUGAUCCGUGCACUGGAGCGUGGGUACCGUAUGCCGCGCACGGAUAACUGCCCGGAAGAGCUGUACGACAUCAUGAUGAGAUGCUGGAAGAACAAACCAGAGGAUCGCCCCACCUUUGAGUACAUCCAGAGUGUCUUGGAGGAUUUCUUUACUGCAACAGAGAGCCAGUACCAGCAUCAGCCUUAAGGUGAAAAAGCCAGGGCAGGCAACGAAAAGCCAUCUGCCAUGCGUACCAUAUGACCUGGAGCAUACAACAGUCUCUUCCUCCCCUGCUCCAUCCCUCUCUUCAUCGUCUUUGCUCGUACCCUGUCUCUCUCAGCCCGCUCUUAGCAACCAAGGAUUUCCUGACGCACUUCUUGGGAGGCAAGAAUGCAGCGGCUUUGUGUGGGCUGCAUGGUUUUUGGAUAAGCUCGCUGGGACUUGGACCGGAGACUGGCUCGGAAAGCCCAGAUGCAGCAGAAAGUCUCCGCGGGCGGCGCCGUUCCCUGCGCUUCCAUAUUGAACCGAUGCCCUUGCAGAGAGGGAGUCGGCACUGCGGUGUAGGGAGCCUCCGCUUUCUCUCUGAGGACUUACCAAGUUGUGUGAUUUGGACCCUCUAAAAACCACCCGGGCUUUUCUUUUCGUGCAAGGGCAGCUGCUUUACACAGACAGGACAUCAGAGCCAACGGCACUCUAACGAGCCUCCUCCCCUCACAUAGUUUAAAACUAGUAUAGUUUUGCUCCCCAUCUCGAACUGUUGUGUGCUGGAGCUGUGUGCUAUUUAAUCAGCUGCUGGAUUUCUGCCCCUCGCCGAGGUGGCUGCAUUUUGGGGUUCGAUGAGGAGGGGGAAGCUUGUAAAAUGGUUUGUUAAAGGGUGUGUCUUGCACUGUAAAAUGGUCUGAAUUGUAUUUAACCAAGUUGCGUAUCGACUUCCUGGGGGCAGGAAAAAAAAUGUUCUUUAGAAAAGAUGCACAAUGCCUUGCACAUUUUUUGGUACUUUCUUGUUUAAAAAGCAAUCAGCUUGACUUUUUUUCUUUUCUUGGUUACCCAGGGGAAUGACAGCACACUUUGCUACUGGUUUUUGCAACUCCUUUUUUGGAGCUGUUUUAAUUGAUCGUUAUAAUGGCAGCCUGAUAUUAAGCCUGCCUGGCUGAGAGCCGGUUUCCUAAAGGCUCGCAGCGGGAGCGAGGAACAGGGGAUAUGAAAUAGUCUCCAUCACAGUUGACCUCGGUAUUUCCUUUUAUCCUUAUUUUCGGGGCAUCCCUCGCCUAGCUCGAUCGCUCGCCGCGACACCAAGAAACCAGGCGUUUCUUUCGCCAAGUCUCUAAAGAGACGGGGGCGGAGAGGGACGAAGCGAUGACGAGGAUUUUAAAGCCCUUGAAGGUGUGUGAUUCCGGUUUUUUGGGGGUUUUUUUGCUCCUAAUGAACUGUCCCAGAAAUUCGUUGUACUCGACUUCGUUACCAGAGAGCUGUCGCCGAUGACGUGCGCUGUUCCAGCUUGGGUUUUCAGUCAAUAAAUAUUGAAAAGGU